AUGCAGAACAGUCACAGUGGAGUGAACCAGCUCGGCGGUGUGUUUGUUAAUGGUCGACCACUGCCUGAUUCGACUCGACAAAAAAUUGUGGAACUUGCCCACAGUGGGGCUAGACCUUGCGAUAUCUCAAGGAUCCUCCAGAACCAUACUGACGCAAAAGUCCAAGUAGUGGAUAAUCGAAAAGUGUCCAACGGUUGUGUCAGUAAGAUCCUGGGCAGGUAUUAUGAAACGGGAUCGAUCAGACCUAGGGCAAUCGGCGGGAGCAAGCCAAGGGUAGCAACUCCCGAGGUUGUGUCUAAGAUCGCUCAGUAUAAACGCGAGUGUCCGUCGAUCUUCGCCUGGGAAAUUCGAGACAGAUUGCUCUCUGAGGGGGUCUGUACUAACGACAAUAUACCAAGUGUAUCGUCGAUUAACCGAGUCCUUCGCAACCUGGCUAGCGAAAAGCAGCAAAUGGGAGCCGAUGGAAUGUAUGACAAAUUAAGGAUGCUGAACGGUCAAACAGGUGCAUGGGGUACCCGACCAGGCUGGUAUCCCGGAGGCUCCGUACCAGGCCACCCAAAUCAAGAUGGUUGUCAGCAACAGGAAGGAGGCGGUGAAAAUACCAAUUCCAUCAACUCCAACAGCGAUGAUUCAGAUGAGGCGCAGAUGAGACUUCAGCUGAAAAGGAAACUACAGCGAAACAGAACAUCUUUCACCCAGGAACAGAUCGAGGCUCUGGAGAAAGAAUUUGAAAGAACUCAUUAUCCUGAUGUGUUUGCCAGAGAACGAUUAGCAGCCAAAAUUGAUCUACCUGAAGCUAGGAUACAGGUCUGGUUCUCAAACAGACGAGCAAAAUGGAGACGAGAGGAAAAAUUGAGGAAUCAGAGGCGUCAAGCCAGCAACACCCCAAGCCACAUUCCCAUCAGCAGCAGUUUCAGCACUAGUGUUUACCAGCCCAUCCCACAGCCCACGACCCCUGUUUCCUCCUUUGCCACAGGCGCAAUGCUGGGGCGGGCAGACACCUCCCUGACAAACACUUACAGCGCGCUGCCACCAAUGCCCAGUUUCAGCAUGGCAAACAACCUGUCUAUGCAAUCACCAGUGUCCAGCCAAACGCCGUCAUACUCCUGUAUGCUGCCCACCAGCCCGUCAGUCAACGGACGCAGCUAUGACACGUACACGCCGCCUCACAUGCAGACACAUAUGAACCCCCAGAGCAUGGGCACUUCAGGCGCCACGUCCACAGGACUUAUUUCCCCUGGCGUCUCAGUACCCGUUCAGGUGCCAGGAAGCGAACCGGACAUGUCUCAGUACUGGCCCCGACUGCAGUAA